AUGCUAAAGGUACUUUUGAGAACAAUUGUCCUACGAAAAGCAUUGCCUUCAAGGAGUUUUCGAUAUCUCCACUGUUCAGAAUACUUCCACAGAGACAAUGCAUCCUCAACUACAGAUAUAUUUCGUAAUGCAAUGAAACGCAAACGUGAGCUGACGAGUGUCAGAGAACAAAACCAUGAAAAUGGCUCUAGGAAUGUUGCGUUUCCUAAAGAGUAUAUAAAGCGUCAGAGACAACCACCAAGAAAUGCUGCCAAGAAGAAAAGAAUCAUGAUAACUUGGAGCACUGGAACAGAUAGAGCUAAAGAGGCAGCAAAUUCAGUUGUAGGUGAGAUAUUCAAGAAAAAUUACAAGGGAAAUAUAAAAGUUGUGGACCCCACUACCCACAGAAUUGAAGCAUCUAAUAUUCGGUAUUUUGCCAAGGGUAUUGACUUGGAUAAAGUUGGCUUGAGUAUUGUCAAUGUUGAGCAAAUUGAUAAUGAAAAUCAAAUUCCUCUUGUUAAAAUAGUCGAAAGUCGUGUGGCUUUGAAAAAGUAUUCAGACUUUCUGGCUAAAAAAAAAGAGAAGGAAUUGAUGGAAUUGGGAGUAAUGAAUAAGUCUUUCAGGACUGCGGAAACAGAUAAAAAAGAAGACAAUUUGAAGCAUAUUAAAAUAUCAUGGCAGAUUGAAAACGAUGAUUUGCAAAGGCAGAAGGCCCAUGAAAUCGUGUCAUUAUUAAAAAAGGGAAGCAAGGUGACGUUAUACCUGGACGAUAAGAAUAAUAUAAAUUCAAAUAAAUGGCUUGAGGGUUUUGAAGAGCUGAACAACUUCAAAGAAAAUGAAACAACUAGACUGUCAAAAUCAGUAUUACAAAAAAGGACUGCCGUUUUGGAGACAUUGAAAGAGAUUGUCAGCGAGUACGCCAAUGAACCUGUCUUACUUGGCAACAUAGGUAUGAAAUUAAUAAUGAAAUUGACACCAAAAGAUGUGAAACCCCACAACAACGAUAAAAGAACGUUGAAAGAGUUGAGGAAGAAAGAGAGACAGGAAAAACUGCAAAAAAGAAUUGAGAAAAAGAAAAUGAAGGAAACAUAA